ACGAAGAUGGCGAAUCCACAUGAACCUCAUUUCUUAAAGCCUCUGCUUCCUGGUUUCCACAGUGGCAUCACAAUACCACUUGGCUUCUUCUCAAAGCACAUAGAAAGGAAGACGAACCAGAAAACAUGGAAACUAAGAUCGGACGCUUCAGAUAAAAUUUGGGAAGUGAUACAAGAAGGCAUGAGACUCACCGGAGGUUGGAAAGAUUUCGCCACAGCACAUGACCUUCGAAUCGGUGACAUUGUCAUCUUCAAACACGAAGGAGACAUGGUGUUUCAUGUCACUCCUUUUGGUCCUAGCUGUUGUGAGAUUCAGUAUACAGAUCCUGACAUCAACAAGGAAGAAGCCGACGCGGGUGAUGCUGAUGACAAUGAGAUUACUCACAUUGCUUCUAGCUCACGGAUGAUUUAGGAGUGAUUGUGACCGGAAAUAGAUAUCUCUUUUGCUGUGUUUC